AUGAUGACCUCGUUCACUCCCAACCCCAACUUUGACCGCGAGAACUCGAACCCCAAGGACUGGGCCUACCAUCUCGGGUGCUUGCCUCAGAAGCACCACAUCGUGUUCACCAAGGAGGACUUUGUCAGCUUCCUCAAGCAGCACAAUGUGCACGUCGGUCCCAACUUUACCGAGCUUUCCAAGCUGCCCAAGUUUGCAACCAUUGGAAAACUGACUGUCGCCGACGAGGCAGGUCCAUCAGCUGCCCCCGUUGCCGCCCCUUCGCAGGCAUCCCAGCCCCAGCAGCAGCAGUCCGCCGCGUCCUCUGCGCCUGAACAGUCGGACGACAAGAACGUCGUCUACACCAGCUCGGGCGAGGUCUUCCGUCCUAGCCGCAAGGUGCGACAGCUUCCCGGUGGUGGCUCUGCCCAGGUCACUGCUCUGUUCGGCAACGAUGCCGAGGACGAGGAGCCUGUUCCUAUCGCCUCACGCCGUGCCCCUGCUCCUGCCGCUGCUGCUCCGACUGCUCCGGCACCUGCAGACGACGGCUUUGAGCCUCUCGGCGCCGCGCCUGCGAGACGCGUAGCCAGCGGCAACGUCAAAGCGCAGCAGGAGUCGCAUUUCUACGACAGUGUCGGCUCGGACAAGCCAGGCGUCUACGAAGGCGUCCGAAACGAUGCCGUAAUGAACAACGGCUUCCGACCUACACGCCGUGUGCGUGUGCCAGGCGGUACCGGUGGUCUCUCGAGCAUCUCGUUCACUUAG